CAAAGCUUCUUACGAGCGUGGCGUGAAGGCAAGGACUCUGAUAGUACACAAUUAUUAGCCUGUUUUUUAUUUAUACGUCUCAAGGCUAUCAGAAGGUAUCAGCUACAGCCUUUUGUAUCAGAUAACACGUUCGUCGGACACAUUCUAUGCGCGAACAGAUAGACAUCGCGCAUCGAUCGAACACAAAAGCUCGAAUUGAUUCGUAUCGCGUAUCCACGUAUUGCCUUGUCAAUUAGAGAAACGUAUUUUCAUCUGAAUCAAGAUCGAGCGAGCGCCGCCGAGAAUUAGUUUUUGCAGCGGCGUUGCACCGAUGCGCGAUAUCGCAGUGGUUUGUUUCUUCUUUGUUCCGUUCCGACUUUCCGAGACGUCAAGAUGGCCUCAUGCCUCUGAUCUAAAUACCGUGCGUAUCGUGCAUUUCUUUUCCGGCACCGACGAAUGUAAAUUCCCCUGGACUAAAUUGCGCGCGUACGGAAAUUGCGCUGGUCGAUUGGACUUCAAUCGGCCGUCGAGUAAUUCAAGCGUCAAGAGUCACCUCGGAAAUCGUAAAAAUAAGUCUCACUGUUACUGUUGCGAUUACACAUCGGCUUUCAAUUCCGCGGAGAUAAUCGCUGAGCCGAGAAUAUUAACUCUCUGGCACGGGUAAGCUCGUCGAUAAGCAUCGCCGUCUCGCUCGCCGAUAUACAGGGUGGCCGGCAUUAAUGCUUAAUGACAGAUUAGCCAGUUCGGGGUCGGUCUUGCGUCUUAAUGAUUCACACUCGUAAGUAAUUAAGUAACGAUUACAGAGCGAACCGAGGACGCGAAUAAUGUAAUUACAUCUCGCGAUCAAUUAUCCAGUUAGAUUUGAGCUCUCGGUCCGCUCGGCGAGUUGAGCUUUCAGACACCGGAAACUGCGAUCCUGCGUAUAUCACGAGGACGGACUAUUGUGACAAAGAAUCGGCCCGAUUGCGGAGACGCGCGUCACCAAAGGUUAUCGGAGCGCGGUGGCGAUAAGCGCUACCGCACACAAGCGACGGGGAUGCCUCGCGAAGGAACGGAUAACGAGAGGGUCGACUAUCGGGCCGCCAAAGCCGACGGCCGUGCGAUAAAUAAUCAUCACAAGGCAUGUGAUAUAUCUGCAAGCACGAGACCGCGAAUUCGCUGACACAAAGGCGCAUCGAGCCGGCUCUCGCAAAUAAGAGAGAGAGAGAGAGAGAGAGAAAUCGGAGAACGUUACGAUUUUUGCAAACGCGUUGUAAAAUGUUUUUAACUUAAUCGUCGUAAUCGUGAACGUUGGCAACCGGAAUUUUCUGUAAAGAGAAAAGAGCGGAGUAAGCUGCCUCUGUUUUUUUGCGAGAACUUUCGUGCGAUCAUUGCAAAUAUUAAUUAUAAAUCCGUACGUAAACCGUACGUGAUAAACUCGCGUUGAGAUUAAUAAUCAUUUUAAUCAGACUUUUUCUUAAACGGAAGCAAAUAUUUGCGUUCACAGGGACUGAAUUAUGUCCAUCUCGAUCGCAAAUAUUCCGACAGCGACAACAGGAUGCAGAAGAGAGAAGAACUCUCGGACGAGAUCACGGAGGACGAAGCGGAGGAGGAGGAAGCUGACGAAAUCGGGAGCGAAGAGAAUGCGGCGAUGCAGGAAAUAAACGCGAAGCAGGAGAAAGAUCAGUGUGAGCACGGGGACGAGCAAGAGGAUGUGCAGAUUGGGAAAUGCGCUGUUUGUCACGUUAUCAUUGAUGAUACAAAUCUCGGUAGAAAUGUCGCUGAUUCCGAGCAGAAUUCACGCUGCGCCGAGGGCUAUCUGUUGUGUCAACGUUGCGUACGAAAGAUUUCAGCUCGAUCAGGCGCGGAUCUCCAGUCGCGAAGAUCGCGCGCGUGUUUUUCGCACGGAGACGAUGAACGGAGUGGACGCGUGCAGAUGUACUCGGGAAGAACGUAUAGCUCGCCGGUCGCGAUGUGCCUACAGCCUCCUCCUCCGUCGCAAUGGACCGGUAACUUCAACAGGACGAAUUCCAUCGAUGCAACUGGCGAGGUGAUAGAUUACGACGCCGUCGUGUCUUACGUCGUCGAUCAGAACGAUCCGCGACGUGAGAUUGAGGAAACGGAGAGCCGUGAAAAGCAGUACGGUGGAUACUCGGCGAGAGGAAACGGCGAUCGGUACGCUUGCGAGAUCAAACUGAAGAGUUCCUCGUCGGCCGAUUGUUCCCGGCGACCUAUACGUUGCCCGCGCCUCGACUGCUUGGUAAACGUUGCAUUCUCGGCGCUCACCCAUCACUUCCUCUUCGAUCAUCCCGAGGUGCCGAUCCUCUGCGUCGAGCCCGGUGCCGAAAGGACGCUCAUCGUCAGCUACGGAGCGCUCUCUUGCAACUCCAGCCGUUGCCUAGCCCUCUUGCUUGUGUCCGGGAAGCUCUCAGAUUCCGCAGCGAGGUUCUUUGGCGGUAGUCAAAUCCAUCCCAAGUACCGAAAUCGGUUGCCCCUACCAGUACUAGCCGCGCGUCUGCACAACAAUCACAGUUACGCGUGCUGCGAGGAGAUGCACGCUGGCGGCGAGGGCCGUUGCGAGAAGGACAUGAUCAUUGCUUGGGUGGCGGGACUGGACAUCAGCGACAUCGACAGGCUUCGCUGUAGCAUUCAGGCCGUGGACAGCAUCGAAAACGGUGCGUUCCGAUCGCUCACGUACACGGGCCCGGUGACUUCACUGAGGACCGCCCAGUGCCCGCGUGACGUCUUCCUGGCCGGCGACUGCAUAGUUCUCCACGAGGGACUGAUCGGCCACAUCACGUCCGGCUGCACCAGUCUCAAUGUAAACGUCGUUGUGCAUUAAACUCGCGUCAAGUCGACGUUACGUGUGUC